CGGCGCUGCAUUGAAAGCACGCCAAGAAUGAAAAUAACUGCCCUAAUUCUGUGCAUACAUUGUGUUUAACUGUGCUGUGUCUGUGUUGUGUGAAUGAUGAUUUCAAGAGCGCUUUUGAUAGCGCUGUUUAGUGCAUACGCUACGUCCCUGACGCCCAUCGCCCCCCUUGCAACACAAGGAGAUGAUGACUGUGCAUUAUAUCUGACUGGACCUGGACGCUCCUCAGCAUAUGACUACAGCUUAAAUCUCUUAAAAGGAAAUUUUGCAUAUGAUGGCCAACACACAUGUAUUACUUACGAAGCGAUAAACCAAGCUUAUCUGGAUGCGAGAUCGAGAAUAUUGGUGUCUCAACCAAAAGGCGACUGGCACGCUGAAGACUUUGCCAGUGUGGGCGAACUUAUUCUUGACAUUUCUAUCAGUCUGGCGCGCACGUACGGUCUCACCUACGAAGAGAUAGAGAAAGGUUUACCUCUCAUAGAUACAUCCAGAACUCUAAUCAGAGAAGUUUGCCCACCCGUCUUUUCCCACGUCGAGUGCCGCGCUGGAAAAUACCGAAGACUUGAUGGUCUAUGUAACAACCUUCAGCAUCCAACAUGGGGUGCUACUAUGGCGCCAUUCCAAAGAUUAAUUGGUCCAUUAUUCGCUGAUGGCAUUAACGCACCUCGUAUUGCGCAUACGGGGCGGGAUCUACCGCUAUCCCGGGUUGUCUCAAGAACCAUGCACCCUGAUGAUGGCUUCCAUGACCAUGCUGGAACAGUCAUGGUUAUUGCGUGGGGACAAUUCAUGGAUCACGAUUAUACUCUUACUGGAACACCUUUAGACCCGAUUAACCGCAAUGACCCUGAGGAAUGCUGCAAGCGUCCUCCACACUUGAAACAUCCCUACUGUAAUGAGAUCAGAAUACCUGAUGAUGACUACUUCUAUCGUCUCUUCGGUGUAAAGUGCAUUGACUUCGUUAGAGGCUUCCCAUCACCUAGACCUGGAUGUAAGCUUGGUUCGCGAGUGCCGUUCAACACAUUGACAGGAGCCAUUGAUGGUAACACAGUUUAUGGUGUUACGGAAAAAUUUUCCAGGAAAUUGAGAACAGGUUACGGAGGUCUUUUGAGAAUGAACCCGGUCUUCAAAGAAUAUGGACUAAAGGACUUGUUACCAUUAAAACUCGACAUUCCAGAUGAAGGUUGUACAAGGCCAAACAAAAACAUGUAUUGCUUUGAAGCUGGCGAAAUCCGUGUUAACGAGCAACUCGUACUGACUGUGAUGCAUACAUUGAUGGCCCGAGAACAUAACAGAGUAGCCAAAGGUUUAGCAGCGGUUAAUCCGCAUUGGGACGACGAAACUCUAUUCCAAGAAGCAAGAAGGAUUAAUAUCGCCGAAAUACAACAUAUUACAUACAACGAAUUCCUGCCAAUACUCUUAGGAAAGGAUGUGAUGGAGAAAUUCGGUUUGGUGCUUGAAAAAGAGGGUUACUGGAAUGGAUAUGAUCCAGAAGUAAACGCAGAUGUGAUCGAUGCCUUUGCAUCAGCUGCUUACCGUUUCGGACAUUCUUUGCUGCCCACAGCUGUAGAGAGAUGGUCCAAAGCGCAUAAGUUUAUUGCUUCAAAGCGCUUGUCAGAUCUUAUUCGUAGACCGUAUGACCUCUACAGAGCUGGUGUACUCGACGAAUACGUCAUGGGUCUGAUGAACCAAGUUGCUCAAGCUAUGGACGACUCUAUCACCCAAGAGGUCACUAAUCAUCUUUUUAAGAAGGUCGGGGCCCGGUUUGGCAUGGAUUUGGUUUCCUUAAACAUGCAGAGAGGACGGGAGUUCGGUAUCCCCGGUUACAUGGAGUUCAGGAAGUUCUGUGGCUUGUCAGAUGCUAACACCUUCCAGGAUUUGUUCGGGUCUAUGCCCAAUGAGACAUUGAGGAAGUACGAGACAAUAUUCGAGCAUCCGAUUGAUAUAGAUCUGUGGUCGGGAGGAGUAUCAGAGAGGCCCCUACGUGGUUCCAUGUUGGGACCGACUUUCGCUUGUAUUAUUGCAACACAAUUCUCUUAUUCACGAAGAGGAGACAGAUUCUGGUUCGAGCUGCCACACCAACCGUCAUCUUUCACACCGGAGCAACUGACAGAAAUUAAAAAGUCCCGUCUCGCACGAGUGAUUUGUGACAACACUGACAUCAUUGACACAGUCCAGGUCUAUCCCUUCGUCCUACCUGACCACGAAUUGAACCCAAGAGUACCUUGCAGAAGUGGUAUUCUACCAUCCAUGGACUUUUCUAAAUGGGCAGAGCCGGUACCAUUUGGUGCCGCAAAACAAUACGUGAGUAGUUUCGGGUUUAAUUCCUUUCACGGGAAGUAGUAAUCUAGCACAGUAGUAUUUUUGUAAGCAUUGAAUAUUGAAUUUGGUUUUUUU